GGAAAAAAGAGUCUCAGACUUUUGAAGACAAACAACAAUAGACUUCAUACAUUUUUUUGACCGAUCAGAUCUCUUGUAGAUCCUACGUUGGCAGCGUUUAUCGUAUACAGUCCCUUGCAGUUUCUGAUUCCUCAGACUUUUGGCUGCAUUUGUCGUUCUCUCUGUUACAGUCAAACUUCCCUUGGCGAACAUCUCUUCUAGCGAUCACCUCCAGUUUGUCUCCAAACUACGGAAAUUUUGGUCAAACCACUGUUGUGAUCGGAGUCUCUGGUAAACCAUCUCUCAUGGAGGCGACCGCUUGCGACCGCGUGGCGUUGACCUCGCGGAAUACUGGAGACUAGUAGUUCCAGGCUCUCUCUAGAUCUGAGUAUUCGCCUGUAAUGUCGCCUGUAAGAAAUUUGACAAAAAUAUCUCGUGACUUUAUCGUGACAGACGACAGCACAGCGGAGCUGAAGCGACAACUUUCAAUCAGGAAAGUGAAACGAACGGAGUGGCUUCCUUUGUUUUCAGCAGAAAAUGGCUACUUUGUUCUUUUUUGUGACCUUUCUCUGCCUGAGUGCAGUCUUUGAGAGCAAGUUUGGAGAAGCAGUGAAAGAUGAAGAUAAAUUACAGGUCCAUCUUGUAGCCCACACUCAUGAUGACGUUGGCUGGUUGAAAACUGUCGACGAGUAUUUUUAUGGCGCAAAUAAUUCCAUUCAGCACGCUGGAGUGCAGUACAUUUUGGACUCUGUUAUCCCUCAGUUGAGUGCAAACCGGACAAAGCGAUUUAUUUACGUGGAAAUUGCGUUCUUCGAGCGCUGGUGGAAAGAGCAAAACAGAGCCAUGCGUAGGGAAGUGAGGAAACUGGUUAAAGAGAAAAGGCUGGAGUUUAUAAACGCUGGAUGGUGUAUGAACGACGAGGCGGCAACACAUUACAAUGCGAUCAUUGAUCAAAUGACUUAUGGACUGAAUUUCGUGCAGAGGACAUUUGGAUCGGAUGCAAGACCUCGCGUAGCUUGGCACAUCGAUCCAUUUGGUCACUCGUCCGAACAAGCAUCACUCUUUGCUCAGAUGUCAUUCGAUGCUUUCUUCCUGGGUAGAAUCGACUAUGCAGAUAAAAAGCUUCGCCUCGAGCAACAGAGAAUGGAGUUGGUCUGGAGAGGGAGCAGAAAUCUUGGACAAGAUUCUGAUAUUUUUGCAGGGGUGCUCUAUAACGUCUAUGCCCCUCCGCGUGGAUUUUGUUACGACCAAUCAUGCAACGAUACCCCGGUACAAGACGAUCCGAGACUCUUUGAUCUCAACGUCAAUGAAACUGUAGAAAGAUUUGUGAAUGUAACAUGCAAACAAGCAUCGCAGUAUAAAACAAACCACAUCAUAUUGACCAUGGGUGAGGAUUUCCAGUACGAGAAUGCCAACACGUGGUACAAAAAUUUGGACAAACUCAUCAGAUAUCUGAAAGAAGCUGAAGGAGUGAAGGAGUUUGGAUUUCAAGUGAAGAAACUGGUUAAAGAGAAAAGGCUGGAGUUUAUUAACGCUGGAUGGUGUAUGAACGACGAGGCGGCAACACAUUACAAUGCGAUCAUUGAUCAAAUGACUUAUGGACUGAAUUUCGUGCAGGAGACAUUUGGAUCGGAUGCAAGACCUCGCAUAGCUUGGCACAUCGAUCCAUUUGGUCACUCGUCCGAACAAGCAUCUCUAUUUGCUCAGAUGUCAUUCGAUGGAUUUUUCUUCGGUCGUAUUGAUUACGCGGACAAAAGUCUUCGCCUCGAGCAAAAGAGAAUGGAGUUGGUCUGGAGAGGGAGCAGAAAUCUUGGGCAAGCCUCUGACAUUUUCACUGGUGUGCUUUACAAUGGUUACAAUCCCCCCAAGGGAUUUUGCUUCGAUCAGUUUUGUACAGAUCCCCCAAUACAAGACGACCCAAGGCUUUUUGAUGUCAAUGUUCAGGAAACCGUGGAUAAGUUCGUGGCAAUAACAAACGCACAAGCCUUGCAUUACAAAACUAAGCACAUCCUCUUGACGAUGGGUUCUGAUUUCAUGUACGAAAAUGCUAACCUGUGGUACAAAAAUUUGGACAAACUUAUUAAAUAUGUAAAUGCCGAUGGCCGAGUGAAUGCAUUCUACUCCACACCUACCAUGUACUUAGAUGCUCUGCACAAGGCUAACCAGACAUGGGAAAUGAAGACUGAUGACUUCUUUCCGUAUGCAGACUGUCCUCACUGUUAUUGGACUGGCUACUUCACCAGCCGGCCAGCACUCAAGCGAUAUGUCAGAUAUAACAACAAUUUGCUUCAGGUCUGUAAGCAACUGGAGGUGAUAAGUGGUCCUGCAAAGAAGAAUGGCCCAACUUCUGAUACUCUACGCAGAGCAGUGGGUGUGGCCCAGCACCAUGAUGCUGUCAGUGGUACAUCAAAGCAGCAUGUGGCUUAUGACUAUGCUAAGCGACUUGCCAUUGGUGCAACAGAAUGCCAGGUGUUAAUUGGUGAUGUGCUCGGAAAAUUAAUGGCCAAAAACCCUGAAACCAAGCCUCCUGAACUGACAUUUUGCGACCACCUCAACAUAAGUGUCUGUACUGUGACUGAAGAGAGCAAAUCCUUUACUGUGACUGUCUACAAUCCCCUUGCCCGAGACCUAACCCCGUAUGUCCGCCUGCCAGUCGCGAUGGCCUCAAUGGCUGUGUUUGGUCCACAAGGUACUGCUGUUGAAACGCAAGUGCUCCCGAUUUCCGAUGCUACGAAACAGCUGCGUAAAAAUCAGAACCAGACACAAAGCAAUUCAUCUUUUGAGCUUGUUUUCAUGGCCAAAGUCCCUGCUCUAGGGUUUGCCACCUACUUCGUGAACUCGACAAAGGCCAAGUCACCGUCCGCACUAAAGAAGUUCUUUCGGCCCGCUCCCAAGCCCGCUUACACAGACUCCGGUGAAGUCUCCAUCGAAAACGAGCUUGUUAAACUUACGUUCUCUCAGGACACGGGCCAUCUGACAAGCAUGACUGAUUUGGUCUGUAAGCAACUGGAGGUGAUAAGUGGUCCUGCAAAGAAGAAUGGCCCAACUUCUGAUACUCUACGCAGAGCAGUGGGUGUGGCCCAGCACCAUGAUGCUGUCAGUGGUACAUCAAAGCAGCAUGUGGCUUAUGACUAUGCUAAGCGACUUGCCAUUGGUGCAACAGAAUGCCAGGUGUUAAUUGGUGAUGUGCUCGGAAAAUUAAUGGCCAAAAACCCUGAAACCAAGCCUCCUGAACUGACAUUUUGCGACCACCUCAACAUAAGUGUCUGUACUGUGACUGAAGAGAGCAAAUCCUUUACUGUGACUGUCUACAAUCCCCUUGCCCGAGACCUAACCCCGUAUGUCCGCCUGCCAGUCGCGAUGGCCUCAAUGGCUGUGUUUGGUCCACAAGGUACUGCUGUUGAAACGCAAGUGCUCCCGAUUUCCGAUGCUACGAAACAGCUGCGUAAAAAUCAGAACCAGACACAAAGCAAUUCAUCUUUUGAGCUUGUUUUCAUGGCCAAAGUCCCUGCUCUAGGGUUUGCCACCUACUUCGUGAACUCGACAAAGGCCAAGUCACCGUCCGCACUAAAGAAGUUCUUUCGGCCCGCUCCCAAGCCCGCUUACACAGACUCCGGUGAAGUCUCCAUCGAAAACGAGCUUGUUAAACUUACGUUCUCUCAGGACACGGGCCAUCUGACAAGCAUGACUGAUUUGACUUCCAAAGUCAUCACCGCAUUGAGCCAGGCAUUUUACUGGUACAACGGCAGCAUGGGAAACGACAGCAGCCGUCAGCCGUCGGGCGCGUACAUCUUCAGACCUAACAGUAGCCGCGUGAAUCUCAUCUCCAGUGGCAGCAAGAUGGAGAUCUUCAAGGGUCCCCUGGUACAGGAGGUACGUCAGGUGAUCUCUCCGUACAUCAGCCAGGUGAUCAGGCUGUACGCUGGUCAGCGGCAUGCUGAGUUUGAGUACACUGUGGGACCGAUACCUGUGGGGGAUGGGUGGGGCAAAGAAGUGAUCACCCGAUUUGACACAGAUAUCAAGUCCGACCAACUCUACUACACCGAUGCUAACGGCAGAGAGAUGCAAGAGCGCAAGAGGAAUUACCGACCGACCUGGAAACUCGACAUCACCGAGCCAGUUGCUGGAAAUUAUUAUCCAGUCAAUAGUCGAAUGUACAUCAAGGACAGUGCUAAACAGCUGACAGUCCUGACUGACAGGUCCCUGGGAGGGUCCAGCAUGAAAGACGGCUCCAUGGAGAUCAUGUUGCACAGGCGGCUUCUCGUAGAUGACAAGAGAGGGGUGGGUGAGCCGCUCAACGAGACGGGGAUCCUCGGUAAAGGUUUGAUUGUCCGCGGGAAGCUGUGCCUUACUCUAGCGCCACCCAAGUCAUCUGGUGCCCUGCAUCGCGAACUUGGCGAGAAGCUCCUUCUGGAACCCGUCAUGGCAUUUGCGCCUAAUAGCCUCACUUUCAAGAAGUGGACGAGCCAGUUUAACUCGUUACACAGCGGUAUGACCCGCCAGCUUCCCGCCAAUGUUCAUUUGCUGACUCUGGAGACGAUGCAGGACACCGCGUUGGUCCGCGUGGAACAUCAGUACGAGGCUGGUGAAGAUCCCAAGCUCUCGCAGCCUGUCAACAUCUCACUCGCAGAACUCUUCACCGACUUUGACAUCGAGUCCAUGACUGAGAUGAACUUGUCUGCCAAUCAGCUACUGAAGGAUAAAAAGCCCCUUCACUGGAAUAUCAAAUCGAAGAAGAACGUGGAAGAAAACAAGACGAAGAAGAAGAGGGUGCAUCGCGCCGCAACUGAUAUGAACGUGGAGCUCAGUCCAAUGCAGAUCCGUACCUUCAAGGCUAUUAUCAAACGUCACGGAAUUUCCAGUUAUACUAAUAUACACUAAGUACACCUCCACAUAGCCUACUACGCAGCCGUUAUUUGGGUUGACACACAACACGGGUAGCCUGCGAACGCAGACGUAUUUCCGGCUGUCGGUUGUCUCCGCCGAAAAGAAUGUCUGUGAACCCGAACCAGGAAACUAUUUCUGUGACGUAAUGGCUUUUGUUUCUCCUUGGUCAAUCAGAUUCCAUGAUAGAAUGAAACUCGAGUGCUCCUCG